AUCGAGCAAACUCGCCAAAGCCGGCUCGGCAACAGAACGCGGGUAAAAAUGGGUUUACCGGUAGCAGCACAGAAAUUCGUUCCGGAAGUUACCACAAUUACGGGACGGGUGGAAGAAGAUGUUCAGAAACCAUCAACAGAGUGCAAACCCGCACUUGGUAAGAGAAAACCAGAGCCGGAAUCGGAACCGAAACGGGAAUCGCAAGCGGAACAAGAACGAGAAAGAGAACCUCAACAACAAACACAAGCAGCUAAGCGUCCGAGGAAGAUAUUUCCCUACGGUAACUACGACCGUUACUACGGAUACCGUAACUUUAACGCUACACCAGCGGACGAUCCACGAUUGGAGGCCUUCAUGCAGCGGCGUGAGUUGUUCCUCGGUAAACGUGUCCUGGACAUCGGUUGUAAUAAUGGCGCCCUGACGAUACAACUGGCCGCAGCUUGCCAACCAUCCGCGAUUUUCGGCAUCGACAUCGACGGAGGGCUCAUAGCACAGGCACGGAGGCACUGCAAGCAAGCCCUGAUAAAUGGCGUGAAGGUGCCCAGGGUUGAGGAGCGGCGUCAUUUGUUGAACAGGGGACAGGUAGAGUUUUUGCGUGCAAACUACAUACUCGAAGAUGCCGCCCUUCUCGAAGCCGAACAACCCAAAUUCGAUGUGGUUCUGUGCCUUUCGGUGACUAAAUGGAUACAGCUGAACUUUGGUGACGAUGGACUUCGGUUGGCUUUUCGGCGGAUGUUCCGUCAGCUGAAACCAGGCGGUGUGCUGAUUCUUGAGGCGCAACCCUGGAGCAGCUACAAACGUCGCAAGAAGCUAACGGAAACGAUUGCCGCAAACUUUGCCCGCAUCAAGCUGCUUCCGGCAAUGUUCCAGCAGUAUUUGCUCGGUAACGAGGUAGGCUUUGCAUCCUGCACCGAGCUACCGGUGCCACGUACAUCCACCAAAGGAUUCCAAAGACCAAUUCAGCUCUACAGGAAAAGUAAUGAUUGAGAAAUGGUUUCCCUUCGAUCCUCUCCCCGCUAUACUUGUUAGUGAUGAUUUGAUUUGAUGAACUGAAACAACCGAAGAAAUCUAGAAAUGAAAUUAUCAACCAAUUGCCCUUUAUUCUU